GCCCGGCGGGCGGAGGGGGGGCGCCCGCGCAGGCCCCGCCCGCGCCCCGGUGCGCAGCGCUGCAGCCCGGUCGCACCCGGCCCCGCGGGCGGACAUGGCUGCGCUGCCGGCGCCGCGGUCCCGCCGCCCGGUGCUGCUGCUGCUGCUCUGCCUGCUGGGGGCCGGCGGCGGCUGCCGGGCCGAGCCCGAGCCCGAGCCCGAGCCGCAGCCCUCCGCCGAGUCCCGGCUGCAGCAGCCCACCGUGCUCCUGGCCCUGCUGGCCCGCAACGCCGCGCACGCGCUGCCCGCCUUCCUCGGCUGCCUGGAGCGCCUCGACUACCCCAAGAGCCGCGUCGCCGUCUGGGCAGCCACUGACCACAACACUGAUAACACAACAGCAAUCCUGAAAGAGUGGCUGAAGAAUGUGCAAAAACUCUACCAUUAUGUGGAGUGGAGGCCUAUGGAAGAGCCUGAGUCUUACCCUGAUGAAAUUGGUCCAAAACACUGGCCAAACUCCAGGUUUACCCAUGUGAUGAAGCUCAGGCAGGCUGCCCUGCGAACUGCAAGAGAAAAGUGGUCAGACUACAUCUUGUUUGUUGAUGCUGACAACUUACUCACUAACCCACAGACCCUGAACCUGAUGAUAGCAGAGAACAAGACAGUGGUGGCACCAAUGUUGGAGUCUCGUGCUCUCUAUUCUAAUUUCUGGUGUGGCAUCACUCCUCAGGGCUAUUACAGGAGGACACCAGAUUAUGCCCUGAUUAGGGAAUGGAAGAAGAGAGGCUGUUUUGCUGUCCCCAUGGUUCACUCCACAUUCCUCAUUGACCUCAGGAAAGAGGCCUCGAAAAAGCUGAUGUUUUACCCACCGCAUCAGGAUUACACCUGGAAUUUUGAUGACAUCAUUGUCUUUGCCUUCUCCAGCCGCCAAGCAGAAAUUCAGAUGCACAUAUGCAACAGAGAACACUAUGGUUUUCUCCCUGUGCCCCUGAGGUCACACCAGACACUGCAGGAGGACAUUGAAAACUUUAUUCAUGUGACAAUCGAGGCAAUGAUUGAUCGUCCUCCAGUUGAGCCCUCACAAUACAUCUCUGCUCCUCCGAAAAACCCAGACAAGAUGGGAUUUGAUGAGAUUUUCAUGAUCAACCUGAAGCGUCGAACAGACAGGCGGGAUAGAAUGCUGCGGACCCUCUAUGAGCAGGAGAUUGCAGUCAAAAUUAUGGAAGCUGUGGAUGGAAAGGCAUUGAAUACAAGUCAGCUAAAAGCUCUGAAUAUUGACAUGCUACCUGGUUACCGGGACCCUUACUCUUCCAGGCCAUUAACCAGGGGUGAAAUUGGCUGCUUUCUUAGUCAUUACUAUAUCUGGAAGGAGGUGGUGAAGAGAGAGCUAGAGAAGACACUUGUUAUUGAAGAUGAUGUGCGCUUUGAGCAUCAGUUUAAGAGGAAGCUCAUGAAACUGAUGGAUGAUAUUGAACGAGCGCAGCUAGACUGGGAGCUCAUCUACAUUGGACGGAAAAGGAUGCAGGUAGAACGGCCUGAAAAGGCAGUUCCAAAUGUAAUGAACCUUGUGGAAGCAGAUUAUUCUUAUUGGACGCUGGGAUAUGUAAUCUCCUUGCAAGGGGCUCAGAAGUUGAUUGGAGCUGAACCUUUCAGCAAGAUGUUACCUGUAGAUGAAUUCCUGCCAGUCAUGUACAACAAGCACCCUGUAACGAAGUACAUGGAGUAUUACGAGUCCAGAGACUUGAAAGCCUUCUCGGCAGAGCCCUUGCUUAUUUAUCCAACCCAUUACACUGGGCAGCCAGGUUACCUCAGUGACACAGAAACCUCCACUAUCUGGGACAAUGAGACGGUAUCCACUGACUGGGACAGAACACAUUCUUGGAAAUCCCGGCAGCAAGGCAAGAUCCACAGUGAUGCCCAGAACAAAGAUGCCUUGCCACCGCAAUCAUCUCUUGACACAUCAUCAUCAAGGGAUGAACUAUGACUCCCCAGUUUGCUGUGUGACUCUAACCACCGCUAACCCUGCCUCAUACUUAAGGUUUCUCCUAGAAGCUUGUAGAGCUGUUAACAUGGUCUCCAUCUUAUCAUCUUUAAUGCAAAAGCAAAUUGAGUUGAGCCUGGUCUCUUCUUUCUGGGUUUGGAGUUGAACCAAAAUGUUCCAGGCUGCCAGAAGAACAGAGACUUCUAAAAAAGCAUAACACGAACUGCAGUCCAUUCUCAUGUGGACUUGUAAUGUCGACACUUCCAUGGAGCAAUGAGCUGGCUCCAUGGCUUGCUGCGUUUACAUGAAUAAUCACAAAAAUUCCUUGAAUGACGACUUUCUACAGUUCCUUGUGUAGAAUACUGUAUUUAUAAAGAUUAAUAUAUAGGGGCUGUGAGUGGAUAAGCAUAAUACCUUUUUACAUAGAUGUUACCGUGCUGCUGCGUAACACUAACUGUUGUAGGUUUGUGGUUUUUGUAACCCCUUUCUCCAAAAGAAGCUGCAGCUGUAGUGUGUGUGUAUUGGGCUGGGGGGAGUUUCUUCCUUUUUUUCUUUUAAAAGGAUCAGAGUCAAGAUCAAAAUGACUUUCCAAAGUGUCCGCCUCUGUGUUAAUUUCAACACUUCAGAGCAGUAAUUCUCAGCGUUGUCUGUAAUGUGGCCUUUCCCCCCCACCAAACUUUCUCGAUUUGAGGAUUUCUUUCCCGUAAAUUUAGAAAUCUCUGAAUCCCAUGCACCCAGGGAAAAAGAAGGGUGUCUGAAAACCCUGAAACCUGUGUACAGGCUCCAGAAUCAAAGCCUUAGCUUGAGAACUGAUGCCUUAGCUUACUAAAGCUGACAGCUAUUUAAAGAUCCAGUGUCCCUGUCACCUCUUACAAAAUUUGCUUACUGAAUAGUGAAGCAAAAUCAGUCAGACUUACUUCCUGUUUCUUGGAUUUCCUUCCCAAUUACUAUAUCCCCCCCCCCCCCCAAAAAAAAAAAGCUUUCACUCGCAUAUAUGUCAUAAAAAUAUUUCUAUGCAUUUGGAGCUUAAACUACUUGACAGUAUUCCUUUUAAAAGAAAAAAAAAUGAAAAUGUUAAGUGUCAACUCUACAAUUCAUUGUUUGAGAGCCUCAUUAGAAUUGUAUAAUACAAGACAAAAAGGCAACUUGCCUUUUGUGUAUUUUUAAAUGUGAGGAGCAAGCUUAUCCUUUUUUGGAUGAGUUCUUCUAUACAGGCACUCCUCACUUAACGGCCGAGUUCCGUUCCUGCGACUAGGUUGUUAAGAGAAUUGGUCGAUAAGCGAGGAGCCGCCCCUUGAUACUGCGUGCCUUGGCUUGAGACACCGCGCUGCCAUUUCCACAAUACGUUUCGUACAAUACCGACUGCUCGGAGAGCUGGUCGUAAGUCCGCGUGGUCGUUAAACAGGUAGGUCGUUAAGUGAGGAGUACCUGUACUCGAAAUUGGCUAAAAUGUCAGCAUGGUAAAUCAUCUAUUUUAUAAAAGGGUCUCAUAAUUCAGGUGAUUAUAUACUACAUUACUUAGAUUUAGCUGAUGGUAGGUUAGAUCUUUUUCUAUACAAGAUGAAGAACUGAGGAAAAAAGACCUCCUGGAUUUAAAAUUCUUUAGAUUGUGUCAGCUGCUGGAUGAUCUGUACAUCUGAGUGCGCGGUUAUUUUUUAUUUUGUGGGGUUUUUUACUAAAUGCUGAUAAUGUUGUGCUCUUUCCUAAAAGAAAACAUAUAUUACUUCCUAUCAGCAGGUCUGAUAAUACAUAGAUCUCAGAUGCAAGAUGUUUGGCUAUGUGUAGUCUUAAUUUGUGUGGCAUGAUUUCUGAUUCUUGAAUUCCAGCAUGGUUUCCUCUGACUGUGACUGGUGACUGACCAAGGAUUGAAUUCACCACACUGGUUUGGGAUCAAUUCCAAUGCAGCAACUAAGGUAUUUCUCACUGAAAGGAACACUCAAAAAUGCAUUUUGGAGUAUGUGAGCUCUCACUGGGGGAAAUGGGAAACUUGAACUUGACUUUCCAGGGAAGCCAGUCCCACGAUGGAGUUGAUUUUGUCUGCAUCCAGGUCACACAGUGCCCAAUUCCUAAGCUUCAGACAUAUCUGAAACUGCCUGAUGCAGUCUAAUCAACCUUUUUAGACUCAAGUCACCCCUUGGAAAAUGUCAUCUCAUUUUUUUGACUGUGGAAAAAUAGAGCAAAUCUUCUCUUGUAAAGACCUCAGACAGACUGUAACAGGUCAGAAUGUUUUUGACACUGUUAUUUCCUAUUUGAAAUGUCUGGGUUUAUCAUGUGUAGGUGUUUGUACAACUAACAGCGGUAAUAUUAAGAGUCUCCCUCCAGCACCCUAAAAGGAUCUUCUGGCACCUUGGUUGAGAAUUGCUGACAUGGGGCAUAAGAGUAGGGGGUCUUCCCUGGGCCUUAGUAUAUGAUUUUGGAGAGGCAGGGGGUUCCCCUGUGUGAAAACUCCAUUGCCAUAAUCAGGUCUUUGUUUUCUAGACAGCUGUGCUUGCAUCAGCUCCAUUUACAGCCUGGGCAGCUAGCAGGUGUCAGUGUUCACUAAUAAACUGCUUGCCUUGUAGCGUAUUUAAAAAAAACAAAAAACAUUAAAACAAUGUAUUUGAAAAACUUAAUCAAAUUGAAGUUAGUAGUCUUUCUAAUCAUCAGAAAGGGCUCGUCUUGACCUGAGUGAAAUCAGUAGGAAACUUGAUGUAGUCUUCAGUAAGGGAAGAGGGAGGCAUUUUUGUGCCAUCCUCGUUUUAGCAGCAUUGAACCAGAAUGUCAGUUUGGAACCCUAAUGGGAGUUGAAACUAAUGGAAGGUAUAAUGGCCUCAAAAACAGGGGGGAAAACCAUGCAGAAUUCAGUUUUUGCAUAUAAUUGUGGGCAUGAAUAUGGCAUCACAAAUAUUUCACUGAAUUUCAGAUUUCCCUCAGAGAUGGGAUGCAUUUUAAAUGUAGGUGGCUUUGCAUAGGAAGUGUAUGGAAAUAUUGAGAUAUGCACCUUUUACACUGGGACCAUCUCAGUUCCCUUUCAUUUCAGAGGUAAAGCUGCCUUUGAUGGAAACACAGGAUAGGAUACGUUGCUGGUCAGACACAUCUCCAUUGUAUAUGUUCAGUACUGGCAUGUUCCGGUCUUGGUGACAGUAAAGAAAACAGCAGCAGAACGUUAGAGAGAGACUGGUGUCUUAGUGCUCUGUCCACCGUUCUCUAGGACAGUUAUUUCCAAAUUUUUUGCAAUGGCCACUGUCAACUUUCAGUAUUUUUCACUCCACCUUUUGCUUUUAUCAUUAAACUUUUAAUUGGCAGGGAAGGCGGUCUUGUGCAGUUGUGGAUCAUGUUUUUGGGAACCACUGCUCUAAGAUAAGUGUCACUUCCUCUGAAUAUAGAAGCUGCUGUUGUGAGUACGUAUAAGUCCAACAUAACUCUUAUUCCUUCCUUAGCCACUUACCUAAUACAAUUUUGUUUGAUGAUCAGGCCUGAAGUGUCAUACAGCCAUAACCACAAGUUGAAUCAAGGGUUUAUGAUGAAGGCUUGAACAAACAGUAUGUUAUAGUAUAGUGUACAUAGAGAUACUGCUUUGCAAGCUAGGUGUCUGUGUCUCACAGGCAGAUGUUGAACACUUCUUGGUAGUGUAUGUGUAUAUGUAUAUGUACAUAUACACUACCAAGAACACUACACUGUAAUGUAUAUGUACAUAUACACAUACCAUAUACAUAUGAUAGGAGUCUGUGUACUAGACAGCUCAAAAAUGUACAAACGCACAGCCCAAGAUGGGGUAGCGGGGGUGGAAAUUGGGCCCCCAGGCACUUCAGGAUGAAAUUCAGAGAUUGAGAGUGACUGCCUUCACUAAGGUUGUUUUUGAAGCAAGUAAGUAAACAGCAGUGUCUCUGGCUACCAGGCACUCCCCCUUGGAACUGCAUGCAUUGGGGCUGGUGGAGCUUCACACAGUUUUAUCCAUUCUCUUAUGGGCUUGAGAGACAGGCAGGUAGGGCUGGGUUAUCUGUAAGGGCUGCGUAGGCAAGAGAUGAAGCAUGGCGCAGGAAUGUACUGGAAUGAAUAGCACACAGCAGGCAGAAGGACCCUGGGGGUGCCACGUCAGCAGCCCCUGCUGCCAUGUGCUAUCAGUGCCCCCCCCAGCCCCUGCAGGCUGAAUCCCAACUCUUAGCGGGCUGUCGGCUGUCAACCCCUGUCCUGAACACCAAGAUUCCAUGGAUAGGUUUCAUGAUGCAGAGAUAGUUGAUCCCCCAGUUCCUGCACAGCAGGAGAUGAUGUCAACAGGGAACGUCUGCUAUUUUGCAUGGAUGUAGGACAUUGAUUCAUGCCUCUUUUAAGCUUGAUUCUAUAGCUGUUACUCAGUGGGAGUUUUGCCUGAGUAAGGCCAGCAAGGUCAGGCUCUUAGUGAACAUCACUAGAUUGGGUGUACUAAAUACCUUUGACUGAACUUUGUCCAUGAUGUAAGUGCCUGUCUUGCAAAAUAUACAGCAUACACAAUAACCUAUGGAGCACAACUGAGCUCACUGCUCUGUAUCAAGUCAGAUUUUUUCCACUAGGGUCUGUUCAUUGUGCUGGAGAGUGUGAGGCCCCUGUUUUGGAAAGUAACAUUUUAAAACUCAGGCUACAUGGUGCACACAGCUGCGUUUGCACGUAAAAGACUUAACAUGGAGAAAGGAAAUGAGGCCCAUGGGAUAACAUGUGAUAGAUAAAUAUGAAGCUGUUAGAUGGGUGAGAGGAGGAAUCUUAGUUAAGCAUAUUUUUUAAAAAUUAUAGUUGUUUUUAGUGGUUAAGGUACUACUGCUUUAAGAACCUAUUGAAAACAGAACUUUUAAUGAUCCUUGAAAAUUGUCUGUUCCUUAAUCUCAAUACAAGGAAGUGAAUGAAAUGGGAACUUUUAAUGCCAGAAAAUGUACAAUUUAACACAUAAAAGCACUUAUUCUGUGGACAUUUCCCUAUAAUUCUACCUAGUUCAUCUACUACCCGAGUGGGAAUAGGAACGUCUCCAGUGAUGAUGAAGUGCCAGUAUCCACUAUAGGAACAUUUCUACCUGAGAGAAAUGUUAUAAUCUGUGCAUUCUCUUUUGCCUGAGGAAAGGCAAGUGAGCCCAAAAGCUUGCAAAUAAAGACAUUUAUUGCAAUUACAUAGCUGGUCUAAUAAAAGAUAUCACUUCUUCCAAGAGUUCUGCAAUAUCCAGUAUAACUACUUUUUUCACCUUCCCUUUUUCACUUCCUUACAACUUUUGAACAGUUUUUCUUUCUAGAUUAAAACUGCUCAUGCUUCAUCUUACCAACAAGUAAAUACUAUUUUUGGAAAUUAUAGUGAGUUUAGUUUCAUUGUUUUGGUAUCCAUAUGUGAGAGGUGGGGGAAAAAAUAUUUCCUGUAUGUUGCAGUUACAAUUCAUAACAGAACUGAACUGGCUGAAACUAGAAACAAAUUGAACUUGUUCUGUAGCUUUGUUGAGGCAUAUGGGCACUCCCUUUAAACAUAUGCUUAGUGCUGCUUAUUACACAGCCAUCAAGAUAAUGUGCAAGUCUUCUGGGCCUGGAACUAUGGUUCUGGUCAUAUACAAGGACCUUUGUAUAAGCACACAAGUUCAUCAAGGCUGAGCCCUUUUGCAGGGUUCUGCCAGCUAGGCAUGAGUACAUGUAUUUGGAAAUUGUGGGUGGGUGCAGCAACCAGGCCACACUUUAGUAAACUGAAUUUUGAGAUGACUUGGGAGUUUAACAUGUACACUCCAGAAACUUCAGAGAUGAGAAAGGGACACUAUGUGGUAGGAACAGAAGAAAGAGAUGGUUGACAAUUUUACACAUUCCAAAACUAGGUCUUACUUGGUAAAGUUGUGUUCCUGCUGGGAGUCCGUACCCUGCUCAAACCUUGGUUAUAUAUAUAUAUAUAUGUAUCCUCCAUAAUAGCCCAAAGAACUUUGGAGAAAACUCAUUGGAAAUUGUUGGGUAUUAGUUUCUCUGAAGAGUCUGGCAACGACGAAGCCAUAAUAAACUUAGAAGUAGGCUGCUUGUUCUCUAUGCCUGCUUUAUGUCACACUUGUUUCCCAAAUACUAACUGUUAUCUGUGAAAAAUGGGAUGAGGAACAAAUCAUUAAAAAAAAACAACCCUCUAUUUUCUUAGUUUCCUACUGCAAUUUUCUGAGCAGCAGUUUGGAGCCCUGACACCAGUGUCAUUCAGUAGCUAACUGUCUGGUUUCAUUGAAAUUAUUUUCACUUUCCCUAGCUAUGUCUCAACACCUGACAGCUGCUUGAACAUUUCAGGGCCAGCCACAUGAAAAAACACCAGCUAAUUCCUAAUGUUAUCGUAAUUUUGGUAAAAUGUUAAAGGAAUGUUGAAUCAAAGGUAUGAGGAAGAAAAAGUAGCAAUAGGGUUGAAAAUAGAUCUUGCUAAGAAGCAUUCUGACUUUUGAAAAAAUCUUGUUCAUGAGAGAAUAACUUUUUUAAAAGACUACCUUUAAUAGGAAUUUUUAGCUAAUAAAUAUUUUGCUGCCUUAAAGAAUAGAAAAAUACAUGUUUUAAUUGUAUACAUUUGGUCAUCUAAAAGUCCAGGUUCUACCGCCAUUAAUACAUUGUGCGGACGCAUGUCUAUGCUUUAUGUAACAUACUGUAUGGAUAAAAACCAAAACUGACCAAACACAUUUGUGCACUGAUUCUGCUAAAAUACAAUGAAAAUGGAACAUCUUUUGUACAUGUGUGUAAACUAAGGACACAUUCUGAGUCUUUGUUUGGAACCAACCGUCUUCACUUUCGAACAAAAGCACAAUUUGGAAUUAAGAUAUUCAGACCAGAGAGAGCACGUUGCUAUUUAAAAGAGAAUAAUUAUUUAUCUAGUGCAAAACACUAGGACUUUUUAGGAUACUCACUGAUAUCUCAAGUCUUUUCAUAGUUCUUUACUAAGGUAUUGUAGCCCCAGGUUUGAAAAAAUAGUACUGCAGAACUGGUAAAACACUCUCCAGAGUUAUGUAAAAUUCAUUAUCUGAGUUUAUUAAAAUAAACAUUAAUAUUUUAAAAAGAAAA